ACCAUUUCAAAAUACCAGUAAAUGUACUGCUUAGGGAGAAAUUCGUGUACAACUCGUCGUAAGAAAAGUUAUGAGUUCCGAAAAUACACCUGAUAGCACAGGACAAAACCACACCCAACACAGCAGCAAUAUUACGGAGAUAAACAAUGCCCAGCGCGGUAAUAUCAGUACGGAAGAAAAUAAUGUCCAACGUGGUAGUGCCAACACGGAAGAAAGACAUCCCGAACGCGGUAGUACCAGCAUGGAAGUCAAUCAUGCCUCACAUGGUAGUGCCCGCCCGAUAGAAAAUAGUGCCGAACGUGGAAGAAUCAACGUUGAAGAAUAUCAUGCCCGACAAGAUAAUUACAACACGGAAGAAAACCCUCCCAGACCCUUAACUGUAUUAGAGAGACAUGGCUACCAUUUGGGAAGAGUUAUUGGUACAGGAACUUUCUCCACAAUUCAGCGGGCGUAUUCCGACUCGCACCAGAGAAACGUCGCCAUCAAGAUCAUCAACAAGAGCGACAUCCCGAGACGCUACCUGGAAACAUUCGUGAUGCGCGAGGUAGAUGUCGCCAUGAGAGUGAACCAUCCGAACAUCAUUCGAUUCUACGAAGCCAUCGAGACGACGCGCCGUGUGUAUAUAAUCAUGGAGGAAGCACAGAAUGGUACCUUACUGGAUCUCAUACGCAAUCAGAAUUAUCUCUCUGAAGAUAGAGCUCGACGAAUAUUCACGCAGAUUCUGGAUGUCAUGGAGUACUGCUACUCCCUAGGAAUCGUACACAGGGACAUCAAGUGCGAGAACCUGCUGCUGGACCAGGGCUUCAACAUCAAGCUGACGGACUUCGGCUUCGCGCGCGGCGGCAUGUUCCCCGAGGACGGCCGGCCGCGGAUGAGCGAGUCCUUCUGCGGCAGCUACGCCUACGCGGCGCCCGAGGUGCUGACGGGCCAGCGCCACGACCCCUACCUCUCCGACGUCUGGUCGGCCGGCGUGGUGCUGUACGCCAUGGUGUUUGGCCGCAUGCCCUUCAACGACAGCGACCGCAUCGCGCUUCUCAGGGUAUGCGUGUGCGUUUCUGAAGUGACGCGAAGAGGACAUACUUCUGGGUUUGCUUCAACCGAUUGAGUUUCCCCUCCGGCCAUACGUGUCACCGGAGUGCAGAAACCUCCUGGGCAACAUACUGUGCGAAGAGCCGCGAAGAAUUAGUGUCCGCCGAAUUCGCGAGCAUCCUUGGAUGUCGAUGGCAAAUCUUCCCACGACAGUGCAGUGGGAUUAGAUAUUAAGCACACUUAGAAGACAGGUUGAGCCCAUGCCUCAACUCAUAUUGUGGACGUGUAUUUCUGUUGUAAACUUUCAGAAUUUCUUUUUUUUUUUUUUUCGUUCAACACAAAUAAAUUAACACUUAUUUUAAAUGCAA